CUGUAUACCUGUGUAUAUAUUUGUUUAUUCUGUUUAUUACAUAUUAUUUAUUAUCACAGAUUAUUAAAUAUACUUAUAAUUUUUAGCUAUAAUUUAUAUAUGUGUGCAUAAUACUUAAAAAAAAAUCUUUGGCGUUAUUUCAGCUUUAUUAGUGAACGUUUCAAUUUGUUCUUAUUAAAACGUUUCUGGUUUCGAAAAUCAGAUUUUUGUUGUGCCAUAGGUCACUAUGGUUAAAUCGAUCGUCGCGGCGGCACAUUUCUAUUGUCGUCUUUGCAUUCUUAUCAUCAUUUGCGCUUUAGGAGAGUCUGUGAAAUCGAUGAAUCAAAUUAUUAAUUUCUCUCAAUCCCCGAUUAACAAAAUAAUGACAAUCUGAUCGGAUCGAUUCUGUUCGACAGCUAGUUCAAGAUUAAUUAAAUAAGCAAAUCUCGAUGACGUUAGCGCUGUCAAGAAUAGAUUACACGACGGUAGGAGUUACCUCACGUGGCACAACUGUCAUAUUUCCACCUAAUGAAGCAAUUAAACAGCCGCAAAAAUUCGCCGUUGCGGAUCACGAUGGCAUACUGCACAUUUAUGGCAUGAAAAAGGGAGAGCUGCAAUUGUCUUUUAAAUCUUUGCCUGGCCCAAAAAUCCAUAAAAUGGUCCUUGGUGGCACGAUAGGUAUGCCGAGGGAUAAGAUUUAUAUUGCGUAUGACAGCUCCGUAAGGGGAUUCACGAGAAAAGGCAAACUGUUCUUGGAGUUUGAUACCAGUCUUAUAGAUCCAAUUUCCGCCUUAUUUACUCUGUCUAGAUAUGUUCUUGGUCCUGAUCUCGCGGCGUGUGCGCGCGAUCUCUAUCACAGAUACAGGGAUUGCAAAGACGCCGAUUCCUAUCUGGCCGGGGAAACUUUGCACGAUGUCGUGCUCUUGCCCGGAGACGGCAAUGUGGUGUAUGCUAUUCUCGCUUGUGCAGACUGCGCGGUACGCGUUCUACAUGGCACAAGAAGUCCGACCGUCCUGAGAUUACCGAGUGCUCCUACGGUGCUCUCUGUAUAUAGAGAUGGAGAGGUAUAUUCGAAAGAUCGCGUCUUGGUUGGCACCGCGGAUGGUAGAAUCGGACUGCUAAUUCUCCAAGGCAAUAAAACUCUCCGAAUCACCUGGUUAUUGACUUCGACAGGUUCGGGAAUCACUUCGUUGGAUACUCAUCAGUUGCAGGACGGUAUAGACAUCCUUGUGGGUCGACAAGACGGAGUCGUCGAGGUAUACACGUUUCCCGAUGAAGAUGUGACGUCCACUCUACGCUAUCACUAUAAUGCCGGCGAAAGUAUUAGUACAGUCGUAGGUGGUAUAAUUGGUAUCGCCAAUUAUCCCGAGGUUCUCGUAACGACUUAUUCAGGCCGAAUAUUUGGAUUGACUACCAGUCCGCCUGGUUUGCUAGAAGCAGGACAAAGCGAUGUUGGAUUGGCCAGACUAAAACUAGAGAUACAACAACUGCAGGAGAAAUUGAAUGAGGAGAAAGAGUCGUCCAAUUUCAUGCCUGAUCCUUUAGCACCUUUGAUAUUAGCACUGAAUCAUAAGAUGAUUUUACAUAAAGAGGAUGCGUCGUAUUCCCUUUCUAUAGAGCUGGACGCGUCGAUCGACAAUAUUCUCAUACAAUCGGAUACACCUAUCGACCUGUUGGAGACGGAGAACAACAGCGCAGUGGUCAGUCUAUCCGCUUGCGAUCCUAGAGAUGGCAAUUUCGUUCUUGCUACUUAUCGAUGCCAAAUUAAUACAAAUCGAUUGGAAAUGAGAUUGAGAUCAAUCGAGGGUCAACCGGGUACCUUGCAGAUUUAUGUAACAUCUCAGGUGCAGCCGAAACGUUGUCGUAAAAUCUUAAUUCCUAUUUAUGCCUUGUCUUUACACGUCAGACAGCACGAGGACGAUGACACCACACAGUCCAGUGGUCCAUUUAAUGAAUUAAAAUUAAACGGCAAUUUCACGAUUGCCGAGAUGCAUGCAUGGCUUUCUCUGAUAUUACCGGAUGUGCCUGAAAGGCCUCAUAUUCACGAGGGCGAAGCUGUCUUAAUAUAUAUCUCAUCCUUCAUCGGGACGGUCCUCAAAUGCAAAUAUAAAAAAGGAAGUGCGCUUUUUCUCGGCGAGAGUAUAUCCAGUAUCAUAAUUCUUAGAGACAUAUUGACGAAGGAAGCAACGAAACGAAAGAUAAAGCUAGACGUGUUUUGCGAAGUAGCAGAAGGAAGUAUAUCUAAAGUCCUAGAAUUGAUUCUUCCCCGAUUAAAUACAGCCCACGAUUUAGUACAGAAAAUAAAAAUUCUGGACGCUCUCGAGGAAUGGGAACUCAAGUCCAAUCCAAAGGAAAAUUUAUGCUCCGAAUAUCAAGAAUUGCUAGAGAAGGAAACAGAGAUCAGAUCGCUUAUGAUGAAGGAUACCGAGAUUCUGAAUAGAUUGCACGCAAUCAUUACCGACUUAUACGUAGACUGGGAACGAGCAAAACGAUCUCGAAGGAUUAGUGGUAAGGAGGCCACGGCAAAGCUUCAAAGUGCUCUUGAAUCUAGGGACUUAGCCACUAUCUUACAAAUUUUCACUGGUAAAGCUGAUACAGUCGUAUCAACACUAAUACCUGCGGUUAUUUAGAUGU